AAUUUGCAAAUCCAGAAGACCCAACCAAAAGCUUCCCCACCCCGCUUCCCAUGGCACCUUUUUGGCAAGGACCCUUCUAAACUGUGUGUCGCGGGCGUUACAUACCCGUUAUUUCUUCAAAAUGGAAGGUAAAAUUUUAACUGACGCCACCCUAUUGACGUUAGCUUACUCUUGCCGCAAUCACCCGCCUGCCUAUCUUUGAUUCUGAUUCUCCUGUGCUUUUAAGAACCCCAAAUCGCCAACGCAGAAUCCAAUUUUCUCUCUCUCUAAAAUCCUCACCAGCUGCUGCAGCAGCAGCAGCUAAGCUACUGUAACCAUGGAAGAUCUCAAUCGGACGGCCCCGAAGCUACCUAUCCCGGGAAAGCGAAACAUACUGAUAACCAGUGCUUUGCCUUAUGUCAAUAACGUCCCUCAUCUCGGGAACAUCAUCGGCUGUGUGUUGAGUGCUGAUGUUUUUGCUCGAUACUGUCGUCUUCGAGGAUAUAACGCGAUUUAUAUUUGUGGAACUGACGAGUAUGGGACUGCGACUGAGACUAAAGCCAUGGAGGAGAAUUGCACUCCUAAACAAAUUUGCGACAAGUAUCAUGCAAUUCAUAGGGAGGUUUAUAAAUGGUUUAAUAUAAGUUUUGAUGAAUUUGGACGUACGUCGAGUCCGCAGCAAACGGAAAUUUGUCAAGCAAUUUUUAAGAAAUUGUUAGAGAAUAACUGGCUUUCGGAGAACUCAAUGCAACAGCUGUACUGUGAUACAUGCGAAAGAUUCUUAGCUGAUCGGCUUGUGGAAGGUAAGUGUCCAACAGAAGGAUGUCAUUAUGAUUCUGCACGAGGCGAUCAGUGUGAAAAUUGUGGAAAGCUUUUGAAUCCUACAGAGUUAAUAAAUCCCAGGUGCAAGCAAUGUAAAAACAUACCACGAAUCCGUGAUACAAAUCACUUGUUUCUUGAGCUUCCUCUACUGAAGGAUAAAUUAGUACACUAUAUCGAGAGCACAUCUGUAGCUGGGGGCUGGAGCCAAAAUGCUAUUCAAACAACAAAUGCAUGGCUUAAAGAAGGAUUAAAACCACGAUGCAUUACCAGGGAUCUGAAGUGGGGUGUUCCCGUCCCACUUGAAGAAUUUAAGGACAAGGUGUUCUACGUUUGGUUUGAUGCUCCUAUUGGAUAUGUCUCCAUUACUUCUUGCUACACUCCUGAUUGGGAGAAGUGGUGGAAGAAUCCUGAGAAUGUUGAGCUGUAUCAGUUUAUGGGAAAAGACAAUGUGCCAUUCCACACUGUGAUGUUUCCUUCUACGCUUCUUGGAACAGGUGAAAAUUGGACUUUGAUGAAGACUAUAAGUGUAACUGAAUACUUAAAUUAUGAAGCAGGAAAGUUUUCCAAGAGUAAAGGUGUAGGAGUGUUUGGUAAUGAUGCAAAGGAUACAAAUAUUCCUGUAGAAGUUUGGAGAUAUUAUUUGUUAACCAAUAGGCCUGAGGUGUCUGACACACUAUUUACAUGGUCUGAUUUGCAAGCAAAAAGUAACAAUGAGUUGCUGAAUAAUUUGGGCAACUUUAUUAACCGAGUUCUGAGCUUUCUUGCUAAACCUCCAGGUUCAGGAUAUGGUUCUGUUAUCCCAGAUGCUCCAGGUGCAGGCUCUCAUCCCCUGACAAAUAAAUUGGCUGGAGAAGUUGGUAAAUAUGUGGAGCAAUACCUGGAAGCCAUGGAAAAGGUUAAAUUAAAGCAGGGAUUGAAAACUGCAAUGAGCAUUUCUAGCGAGGGAAAUGCAUAUCUGCAAGAAAGCCAAUUCUGGAGGCUUUACAAGGAAGACCAACCUUCUUGUUCUAUAGUUAUAAAGACUUCUUUGGGUCUAGUAUAUCUUCUUGCAUGUUUGUUAGAACCUUUCAUGCCAUCUUUCUCUGUUGAGGUCUUCAAGCAGCUUAAUAUGCUCCCUGAACAAGCUUCACUAUGUGAUGAGAAAGGUGAUAUGGAUAAGGCAAAAAGGCCUUGGGAGAUCCUACCUGCUGGGCACAAGAUUGGGACACCAGAGCCCUUGUUCAAGGAACUGAAAAUAGAAGAAGUGGAGGACUACAGGAAGAAAUUUGCUGGCAGUCAGGCUGACAGACUUGAGCGGGAAGAAGUUGAAAAGGCAUCUAAGCUUGCUGAGGAACUGAAGAAAAAAGCUACAGUUGGUGGGAAGAAGCAGCUGGCCAAAAAACCUGCUGGUGAAGCCAAAUCAAGGGGCGCUGUUGAACCAGAAAUCUCCAUCACAAGACUUGAUAUUCGUGUUGGCCUAAUUAAGAAAGCUCAGAAGCAUCCUGAUGCUGAUUCCCUGUAUGUGGAAGAAAUCGACUUGGGUGAAGGAGAUUGUAGAACGGUUGUAAGUGGACUUGUCAAGUAUAUACCUCUUGAGGAGAUGCAAAAUCGGAAGGUCUGCAUCCUUUGCAACCUAAAGCCUGCAAAUAUGAGGGGCAUCAAGUCAGAGGCUAUGGUUCUUGCUGCUUCCAGUAGUGACCACACCAAGGUCGAAUUGGUUGAUCCACCCCAAUCUGCCGUUGUUGGAGAGAGAGUGACAUUCCCAGGGUUUGAAGGUGAACCUGACGAUGUCCUAAACCCUAAGAAGAAAGUCUGGGAGGCACUACAGGUGGAUCUGCAAACUAACAGUGACCUGGUAGCAUGCUACAAAGAUAUUCCACUAACCACAUCUGCUGGUGUGUGCAAGGUUGCAACCAUUGGCAAUGGUUCCAUUAGGUAGAUAGGUCUACUCUAAAAUUUAAGGACCCAUGCUUAACCGCUUAUUUACUCGAUAAAUAAUCAUUUCUAUGUAAAAAGGGGUCUCCUCUACAUGGACUUUUGUCAAAAAGUUGGGAAGGAAAUUUGUAUCUCCACGGAAAUUCUUUUCCCACUGGAUGCAAAAAUUUGGAUAUUUGUUUGCAAAUAAAUAAAGGGUUGCCCUAGUGUGCGU